CGGAGCUUGAUUGGUCGGUUGGCGUUUUAGCACAGGAAGUGCAUGGGUGUGUUUCCGAGGGGAGGGUCUAAAACUGCAACGACGAACUUCCCUAAAGUGUUUGCAAAUACGCAGGAUGGAGCUGCGGCCGCUUGUUAUGUGCUUUGCUCUCUGUGUGGUUUACGCCACCAGCAAACCCACAGAGAAGAAGGACCGUGUUCACCACGAUGAACCCCUCAGUAAUCGAGAGCACGAUGAUACGGAGAACUUUGACUAUGACCAUGAAGCCUUUCUGGGACAGGAGGAGGCCAAGACCUUCGACCAGCUCACACCAGAGGAGAGCAAGGAGAGGCUCGGGAUGUUGGUUGAACGUAUAGAUGAGGAUAAGGACGGCUAUGUGACAGUAGAAGAGAUGAGGAAGUGGAUCAAACACUCUCAGAAGAGGUGGAUCUAUGAUGAUGUGGAUCGACAGUGGAAGAGUCAUGACCUCAACGGGGAUGAAGUGGUGUCGUGGGAGGAGUACAAGAACGCCACAUAUGGAUACAUUCUUGAUGACCCCGACCCCGAUGAUGGCUUCAGCUACAGGCAGAUGAUGGCUCGUGAUGAAAGAAGAUUCAAAAUGGCUGACCAAGACAAAGACAUGAAAGCCAACAAGGAGGAGUUCACAGCGUUCCUUCACCCUGAGGAGUACGACCACAUGAAAGACAUUGUAGUGCUGGAAACUAUGGAAGACAUAGACAAGAACGGAGAUGGUUUAAUUGAUCUGGAUGAGUACAUAGGUGACAUGUAUAACCAGGAGGGAGAUGCUACAGAACCAGAGUGGGUGAAGACGGAGAGGGAGCAGUUUACUGAAUUUAGAGACAAAAACAAAGACGGGAAGAUGGACAAGGAGGAGACCAGAGACUGGAUCCUGCCCAAUGACUACGAUCAUGCCGAGGCUGAGGCCAAACAUCUAGUCUAUGAGUCAGAUGUGGACAAAGAUGGGCGCCUGAACAAGGCUGAAAUCGUGGAGAAGUACGACCUUUUCGUGGGCAGCCAGGCGACCGACUUCGGAGAGGCUCUGACUCGACACGACGAGUUCUAACAUCCACCUGCCCCCAAAGACUUUGCGUUCAUCUUGUGUAUACCACCUUACUCCUCCAACAGUUGGAGUAUUUUAAACAAGAUGAGCUUACUUAAUCCAGCGCCACGGACAAUAAUUUAUUUGAUUUCUUGAAUGUGUCCCAUUGUGCACAGGCUAACAUUUUAAGUAAUUGUGUAUAUGCUUGGCCAGUGUGUCUUCAUGCUCAGCUGUGCAUAAGAAUGGGACAUAUCGCCAGCCUUUGCUCUGCUUCCACCCAAUAUCCCUAUCUUGUCCAGGUCAGGCCAAGGACAAACUGUUAGAUGACGGUUUUUGUUUCUUUGUUUUUAUAAAAUAACCAUGUUUAGUUACGAACCCCUUUUAUAGAACAACAAGUUUAGGCUUGCAGUAUACAGAAUAGUUGAUCGUAGCAUUUCUUUUUGCAAUGCACUGGACCCUGAAGAGUAAAGCUGAUUUCUAGCCAUUAGAAUUUGUCCUACUCCUCUGUCUAAUCAUGUAAACUGAAAAUGCUAGUUGCUAAUUCAGUUGAACUUUGUUUUCAUGUCUUUAUUGAUCAUUUAUCGCAUAGUAUAGGAUGUUUGGAAUGAGGAGUAAAUAUUAUAUUCCAGUGACAAUGAAGACAAUUUGGAAUAGUGCAAUACAGUAUCAUCGGUUGGGCCACGCUGUGUUUGCUAUACUGGUCCCCAAAGCAUCCAUGUUGACACAAGCUGUGGGUCCUGCAUAAGGGCUGGUUGUGCUGUGUGUUAGUUGAAGGAAUCAAGAUAAAUUUAGGGACUGAUGGAUGCUUUGUCCGUGAAGUUUACUUUUUCUUAUCACCUCAAUGGUGUGUGUGGGUAUGGGUGUGUGUGUGGGUAUGGGUGGGUGUGUGUGUGGGUAU